AUGUCGCUGCGAGUUGGCUACAUCGGGCUCGGGCUAAUGGGGAAACCCAUGGCGGCGAACAUUCUUAAAGCCGGUUUCCCACUUGUUGUGUUUAACCGCACCAGAUCGAAAGCGGCUGAGUUGGUGGCAAGUGGCGCCAAAGAGGCGGCCUCCCCUGCCGAAUUGGCUGCGGUCGUCGAUGUCGUCUUCACCAACUUGUCUGAUUCGUCAGAUGUGUAUGAAGUUGUCUUCGGAAAAAACGGCGUCUACAGCGGCGUUCGUCCGGGCACCAUUUUUGUUGAUAACAGUACCAUCAAGCCAAGCACCGCUCGGGAAAUUGCGGAACGUUUGUGGAAAGAGAAACAAGUACCGUGCCUUGACGCUCCCGUUUCAGGUGGAGACAUCGGUGCCCGCAACGGUACGUUGACAAUUAUGGUGGGUGGUGAUCCCGAGGUGCUUGAGAAAGUCAGGCCAGUGCUUCAAGCGAUGGGGAAGACCAUCACACAUAUUGGAGUCUCAGGUGCUGGACAAGUGUGCAAGGCAGCAAACCAAAUCAUGAUCGCAGCGCAGAUGGUGGCAAUGGGGGAAAUGUUAGUCUUCGCUGAGAAAUGCGGAGUGGACGGUCAGAAGGUCAUCGAUGCAGUGAGAGGUGGAUCCGCGCAGUGCUGGGCGCUGGACGUAAAACCGCAACGUCUUUUCGUUGGUAACAGAGAACCUGGCUUUAAGGCAGCGCUCCAAACCAAAGACCUUAACAUCGUAAUGGAUUCCGCGAGGGAAUUUGGUGUGCCCAUGCCAAGCACAGCUGUGAAUACACAGUUGUACCAGUCGAUGUUGCAACACGGCGAAGGUGAUUUGGACAACUCUGCUAUCAUUGGCGUGUUAGAGCGCAUGGCCAACUGCAAGAUUAAGGAGACCAAGCCAUGA